CUAUACGCGUAACAGUUGGUGUACAGAUUAUAAACAUUUCUCCAUUUAUCUACCGCUCUGACUCAACUGGCUUUAUUCAAAUUUCAGUGUGUAAUUGGCGGUUCGUCCUGACUAUAAAAAGCGACAGAAGCGUUGGUAGAAAGGCAGUUCCUCAGUCUUGGCAUGCAGUUUCUGUUGUGAAGACACCAAACGCUUGUGUUUAGAAACGUUCUCUGCGUCGUGUUUGUCGAUAUUUUCCGGAGUAACAUCAUAUUCUUGGCAUUUACAAGUUAAAAAUACUUCUGCUUGAAAUACAUGCUUUGGCUCUGGCGCGGGGAUGUGUCCAACCAGUUGCGACUUUCUAUAUUGUGGGGGAUGCUCCAAGACCGAAGAGGAGGAAGGGCCGAGCACCGAAGAGGACUCGCGUCCCUUCCACGGCAGCGGCGUGUGCAAGUGGUUUAACGUGCGGAUGGGCUUCGGGUUCCUGUCCAUGACGAACCGGGAAGGCACACCGCUCGAGGCCCCCGUCGACGUGUUCGUCCACCAGAGCAAGCUGCACAUGGAGGGCUUCCGGAGCCUGAAGGAGGGCGAGGCCGUGGAGUUCACCUUUAAGAAGUCGGCCAAGGGCCUGGAGUCGCUGCGCGUGACCGGACCCGACGGCGCCCCCUGUCUGGGGAGCGAGAGAAGACCCAAGGGCAAGAGCGUCCAGAAGCGCAGGUCCAAGGGGGACAGGUGCUACAACUGCGGAGGACUGGACCACCACGCCAAGGAGUGCAAGCUGCCCCCCCAGCCCAAAAAGUGCCAUUACUGCCAGAGCAUCGCACACAUGGUGGCCAACUGUCCAAUCAAAGCACAGCAAUCAUCGCCCAGCUCUCAGGGAAAGCCCGCCUCCUUGAAGGGGGAUGAGGAAGAGCAGAGCCACGCCCCCUUGCCUCCAGAGAGCUCUGAUUGAAGGAGAAGCCAAUUUGUGGGUGGGGUUAAGGGGGGCGGGGGGGGCGGAGCCAGGAAGGAAGAUGAAGACCAAUCAAACGGUUUUACUGGAGACAACCACAAGUUCCUACCAAUCCUUAUAGCUGCUUUUUUGGGAUUACCUCAGGUUUAUAAUGAUCAGCAAGAGAAAAAAAAAGAAUAUUAUUUUACUUUUUGAUGGUGAAACAGUCAGGAAUAUAGCUCUGCUGCACUCAGGAAGUUUUUAGAAGAUAAUGGAACGAUGGAUUCAAGUUUCUGUAUCGCGAUAUAUAUAUAUAGUAAUAAUCAACCUCUUCCACCUUAAUGUUGUGAUACAUAUCGAUGACUUUCCAUGUCUUUUGCGGAUAAGUGUCUUAGAUUCGUACCGAAACAAUCAAAGAGCAUCUUUGUCUUUUUUUAUAAUUUUUUAAUUACAAUACUACUAUUUAGCU